CCGCCUCCAGCGCGAGAGCAGCAGUACAAGCUAGAUAGAGAGAGCACGAUGAUGGAAAUGGGAAGGCACAGGCGCUUGCGCAAUGGGGUGGCCGCUCCCGGCCGCGUGCGGAGCGAACGUCGGCGCAAGCGCAGAGGCUCAGGCAGGCCGUUAGCCGUCAUCUGUUGCGCAUGCGUAUCAACUCUAGGGCGGGUCCUGGGGGACUGAGGCUUUCGACCCACACCGCUGUUGAGGCACCACACCUUUUGGUAGUCGAUGGAGCAGCAAGCUAGUCAUCCCACUAACAGAAAAGACAAAGAAGAAAAUAAUGAUGUGCCUCUUCACAGAGCAAAACCUUCUCCCAGUCUUAUUAAUCUUAAAGCAACUUCUCUCCCAGCCACGUUUCUGAACCUCCAGACCACAAAGCUGCCCUCAGGAGCUGAGCCCAAGCCCAAGGAAAGCCUAGGUCUCCUAGACUGCAUGUGUGUUAACCUCCAGCUUCAGACUCAGCUUGCCGAACAACAGAUGACCAUUUUGGAAAACUUACAAGCAUCCGUGUUACAACUGACUCCUGGGAAGGAAGGCAACUCAUCUGUUCCAGCCUUAACUCCUAAUCUGCUGUUAAAUCAACCGCCCCAAUUCCAUAAAUGAAUUGUGGAACAAAUGUACUGUGUAUGUUUUUUCCCUCUCUUCCCAAAAAGCCUCUGGUGGAAUUUUAUUUAUUUUUAAUUUUUAUUUAUUUAUU